AAUGCUACGGAGCACCAAGCGAGAAGCCAGCUCGAAGGCUGGAUAACUGGCGAAUAUGGGGUCGUCUUGCAUUCGAGGUUGCAAUGCUUAUCACUAUCGUGUCCAUGGUGCUCAGGCUUGCCUUUAUAAGCAGAAAAGGAACUCAUGGUCGAAACGAGCCGCGACAGACAUGUAGGAAGGAGCUAAGCCCCGCUCAUUGCUUGGUGACCAUGUCUGAUCUUGAGGGCAGUCGGCUCCGUAGACAAAGUCUUUAUGAACGAUAGCGUCUACGCCAACGAGAAUGCUUUCACUGACAUGGAGACCUUAAUACGGACUCUGCAGCACUGGACGCCACUUUCUUCAAAAGGGAGAGGCUACGUCGGUAUCCCGCCAUCAGAGAGAACUGGAAUGGAUGGUCCACCGUACAAUAUUGACCCGUUACUGAAGCAUCAGACUAGAGACGCGUACAUGCUCUCGGGCUUCCACCAGCUGCAUUGCCUGGCCACUAUCAUGCAUUCAUACGCUCGGCUGCGUUUUGGCGAAGACGAGAGUGAGAAAGGGUACCAUAUUGCGCACUGUUUUGACUAUCUCCGCCAAGGUAUACUAUGCGCUGGCGAUAUGACAUUGGAGGGCAACAAUUCGGCGACGUAUCCGGGGGUUGAGAUUCCGUGGGGAACCGCACAUCGAUGUGUUAAUUGGGACGGACUGCGUAAUUGGGCUGAUGCAAGGACUGUGUGGCCUUUCCCAGAUGUAAUUGGGAUAUGGUAAUUGACAGACUAGCAGCCUGUAUCGAUUGGGAAGUCU